AUGCUUCAUUUAAAGUUCUUCUGCAUCCUUUUCGCCUUGUUGGGCCUUCAUGGUGAAAGGAAUGUUGAAGGCAGUCCAGUUGCAGCAACUCAGUUUCCCUUCGUAGCAUCUCUGAGAUCUGCAGCAGCUGCACAAUUUUGCUCCAGCUCCAUUGUGUCCGAUCGAUGGGUCCUUACAACAGCGCAUUGCAUCGCAGGACGAACUCCUGAGAAUACGAGAGUUUGGGUGGGAAUUGAAGACCCCAGUGGCCAUAUCAACCACAUCACAGUUGUCCUAGUUUUGCACCCAGCAUAUCAACCGUCUAUCCUCAUCAAUGAUAUUGGCCUUAUUCAAACUAGAGAUCAAAUCGUCUUCAAUGACUUCGCUCAACCCAUUGCACUUGGAACAGAAGAAAUUCCCGGUGGUGUAUCGGCUGUAAAAGUUGGAGCAGCCUUUGAUGGAGCCCGCUGGGAGUUUUCAUCAACUAUAACUAAUUCAGAAUGCCUCCAAACCGCCGGUUCAGGUCAACCGAUUUUUGAUUCAACUGUCUGUUCGAUGAGGUACGAAGAGGAUAAUUUUAUCUUGACUGGAAGUGUUUUGGUUGUUGGCAAUAAGGUUGUUGGUGUCUUUACGUGGAGAAUCCCAAGACCAUGGACUCCGGAUAUAAACUCCAGAAUUUCCACAUUCCACGAAUGGAUUCAGUCAGUUAUUCAGUAA